AUGGCGACAGCAACUAAGAUCGAGCUGUCUUUCAUGGCGGACACGGGAGUGUAUAGCUCUGGACUACGUGAGGAUACAGCCCGAGCUACGAGCGACGCUCUGCAGGAAGAUAUGGAACUCCAUCAUAUAUUCUUCAAUGACGAAAAGUUUCAUAAAGCUUACUGGCAGUCAUACAAAGACCACACCGUGCACCACCUCCUCAGUCUAUAUGCCCUCGGUGCAGGACCGGAGGAUAUCAAUGCUGCAUACAAGCGAAAUAGCACCUACCAGAGGCCGGUCUACCCCACUGAUAUGGGUGUGGUGCAUGCGAUGUACGAGGAAGCCAGGUUCACAGAGUGCUUAGGCAAAGAAGAGAACUAUCCCAAUUACCUGGCUUUUUUUCAACGAGAGAUUGAUGCAUACGGAGUAGGCGCGGUACUAAAUCAAUACGUCUUUUCUGGUGACGAUCGAGCUGAAAGCAUGCUGUCUCGUCUGUUUGGAGGUGUCCUCCACCCUAUCAUUCAUCUUGGGUAUGGGCUCGAGUUCAACCAGCCAGCAAUCGUGGCCCAAGCACUCUCCUUGGCAGCCGUUCAUGGUGAUUGGAUGGGCCGUAAUUUCCUCUUGCCUGCAGAGAGGAUGGCCAAUGGGAUCAAAAGCCCAGAGCAAGCGUCUUUGUUUCAGCUUGUGAACGAGAUCCGAGAAGACAAAUCCCUGAAACAGAGUGUCCGAUGGACCGAUACGGUCAAAAUCAGAGAUGGGGUGCUGAAUCGUGCACCGCAGCAGAUGUUGGGUUAUGCUGCUCGCUACACGGUGUCCGAGAAUCAGAUAACAGACCGAUUGGCUGACAUUAUCAGCACGGUUGCGUACUAUAUCUCCGCGGCCCAACGUCCGAACAAGGGAGUCAAGUUUGAUUUCUUCCUUAUUCAUUGUGCCAACUUAUCCAUCUUCUUUCCUAAGCUUCUCGCGCUUCCACUACUAAAUCAACGAUCCAAGCUUCGAAUGCUGGAAUGGAAAGGGCGCAUGGACCUUUUGAUGUAUGUGUCAUCUAACUCGCCCGAUCUGUUGAUCGAUGAGGUGAUCCACUAUCCUGUGAAUAAUGACUGGUCGACGAUAUUUGCUCGAUGUGCUGCCCACCCAAUCGAUGACGGGCAUUUAAUCAAAUUCAUACGAGCUCUAGCCUAUGGAGAGCGGGUCUGCCAGGAGUCUGAAGGUCAAUCCCUGCCAAUCUCUGGGGAUAUGUGGCUGCGAAUUGGGAACAUGGUGAUAGACUCCACGGUUGAAGGGAGCGAACAGGAGAUGUGGAACCGAUACACUGGGUUCGACGAGGCUUGGGAAACCCUUUCUGAGCGCGCAACGCUGUGA